GAAAACCCCAUCACGAAAAUAACCCGGUCACCCAUCGUCAUCCUCACAGGCAAACUCAAAAUAAUCACCCCAUCCCAACCGUCCAUCAGCCCACAGCACCGCCGCACGCCCAGCUCGUCGGUACAAGUGCAUGCCACGUUUUGCUGACAGCCUCAAAUAAAUCGUAUUCCCAUUGGUCGCUCGAGUGAGCUGCAUCGCACGAUACCGAGGUGGUUUCGUACGAUGGGAGGUGGUUGUGGCAUGUUGUUCGUUCAUCUGGGUGAGAAAUCAGGUUGGAUUUUUUCUGAAGGGGGUGAGAAUUUGAGGUGAUGGAGGGAGUAUAUAUAUUCUUUGCUUGCUUGUGUUACUUUGCUUUUUACUUUUGUAUCAUUGGCAAUAACAUCUCUACUCCAAAUCUCAUCUCUACAUCAAAUCUCAUCUCUACUACACUCUCAUACACAACAUCUCUUCUCCCUCAACCGAGUCAUACAUCCACUCCUCUCAAAUCAAAUCCCAAAUUCAAUCAUGAACGCCCGAACCAUCAUCCCUCGCAUGGCCCGCUUCACAGCUCCCACAAUCAAGCCAACCCAAAGACGUUCUCUUUCCGUCGUCCAGCGCGCUCGUCAAACCAUCAGAUCGUUUGAGCCGCAUCCAUUCGAGAGAUACCCUGUCACACAAGAAGGCGCAAAGGCAGAUUGGGUCCGGGCAUUUGGAAGAUUACGAGGCCCUGCUGCGGUGUAUGUUCUACUCUUCCCCACAUUCUCAAAUGAAAUAGCUAAUGGUUCUUUUUUCUAGCUACUUCCCAGGGUUUGCAUUCGUCCUUGGCUGGCCCUUUCUCGCAGCGUCGGUUGUUGAUGGACAUUUAUGAUCUAUCAUGGCUGACUGAACAAUUUGGCUUUUCUCUUCCAAAAUUUGUAUAUAUUUGAGAUCUUUCUUGUUUCUUUUGUCAGGCAAUGCGGCAUUGGUGUGGAGUUUCGGGGGAUACACGAACAGUAUUACUUUAGAUUGUAGACUCCACAUAGAGCUCCUAUCAACAAAGUCACAAAUUACCCAAAA